AUGGCUUCAAGGGAAUCUCCUGGUUCCCCUCUUUCAUCGGUCGGGUCACUCGAGACCUCGGACCAUGAAUCAAUGAAACAAGACAGCCGCGCGCAUUCGCCCUCGAUGUCAAAUAUGCCACCUUCGAAGCGGCGUCGCACUGGUGUUGCAUCUUGGGACCGUCAAACUCCUCUCUCCGCAGCCCAGGACGACAACCAACCACCUCCCUCCCCGACAGACUCGAUUUCCUCAGAUAGCUCCGGCGAUAUCCCGAAUUCCCCUAGCAUACUCGGCAUCCUGGGCACCAACCAGGAAGAUGACUAUAGCGGCCAGAGUACCGACCAAGUCACCAUCUGUCGAUGGGAUGGAUGCACAGCUGGCGACCUCGGUAACAUGGAUGGGUUGGUGCAGCACCUUCACAAUGAGCACAUCGGCAGCCGACAGAAACGGUACUCAUGCGAGUGGAUCGACUGCACCCGUAAAGGUCAAACACAUGCCAGCGCUUACGCUCUGCGCGCACAUAUGAGAAGCCACACCCGCGAAAAGCCCUUCUACUGCACGCUACCUGAAUGUGACCGCAACUUCACUCGAUCAGAUGCCCUGACCAAGCACAUGCGCUCUGUGCAUGAGACAGACACUAUGCGCACCAUCGACUCACUCUCCAAGGUCCAUGCAGCCCCUGGCAGCACGGCCGGCACCCCUGCCUCGAAGAUCCAGCGCAUCCGCCUGAAGCUCUCUCAACCCAAGGAGCCGGGCACCGAGUCCGAACCCCAUGGCGAAACUGCCAUCCCGCCCAAUCCUAUCGUUAACACGAAUGAAGUACCAGAUCUCGACGAGACCACGAUGCCAGAAUUCGGACCCGAGCUUAACUUCGACCAGCACGAGCUCUCCUUGCCCCCGCGCGACCUGUACCGUCUCCUCCGUCGACAAAUUGCAUGGGCAGGGAAGGAGACUGCCCAGCUACAGGCUGAGUGGGAGGAGAUCCGGCCACGGCGCGAGCAAGCGUGGCGCGAGAAAGAGAUCAUCUUUGAUGAUCUCAUUGAUGCCGAACUAGGUCUUUUUAGCGCCAUUGUGGGGUCUGUGCCUCCGGCAAAUCUCACCACCAGCCUGGAGAAGCUGCAGCAACAACAGCAGCAGUUUCAAAACCAGCAGGAGCAGCUACAGGAGAAGUCAAUUGAGAUGCCGCAUCCGCAUCCGCAUGUUGAGGGCAGUGCUUAG